AUGGAGCCCCUCACAGCGCUCAGCCAGGAGGGCGCGGGCGGCGGCGAGCCGCCGGGCGGCCCGCUCUGGACCGCCGUCUUCGAGUACGAGGCGUGCGGCGAGGACGAGCUGAGCCUGCGGCCGGGGGACGUGGUGCAGGUGCUGUCCCGGGACGCGCACGUGUCCGGCGAUGAGGGCUGGUGGACGGGCAAGAUCGACCAGCGCGUCGGCAUCUUCCCCAGCAACUACGUGAGCAGCGGCGUGCAGGGGGGCGGCCCCGAGCUGCGGGCCCGCUACCCGCCGCCCCCCGCCAUACAGCUCCUGGAGAUCGACUUCUCCGAGCUUGUUCUGGAGGAAAUCAUUGGCAUAGGGGGCUUCGGAAAAGUGUAUCGAGCUAUAUGGAUAGGAGAUGAGGUUGCUGUCAAGGCAGCUCGCUAUGACCCUGAUGAGGACAUCAGCCAGACCAUUGAGAAUGUCCGCCAAGAGGCUAAGCUCUUUGCCAUGUUAAAGCAUCCCAACAUCAUCGCCCUCAGGGGUGUGUGUUUGAAGGAACCUAAUCUCUGCUUGAUCAUGGAGUUUGCUCGUGGAGGAUCACUGAAUAGAGUGUUGUCUGGUAAAAGGAUACCUCCUGACAUACUAGUGAACUGGGCGGUACAGAUUGCAAGGGGAAUGAACUACCUGCAUGAGGAAGCAAUUGUUCCUAUAAUUCACCGUGACCUCAAGUCCAGCAACAUACUGAUACUCGAAAAGGUGGAAAAUGGAGAUCUGAGCAACAAGAUAUUGAAGAUCACGGAUUUCGGCUUGGCCAGGGAAUGGCAUAAAACUACCAAAAUGAGCGCAGCUGGGACAUAUGCCUGGAUGGCUCCUGAGGUCAUCCGCUCCUCCAUGUUCUCCAAAGGCAGCGAUGUGUGGAGCUAUGGCGUGUUGCUUUGGGAACUGCUAACAGGAGAAGUACCAUUCCGAGGAAUUGAUGGCCUUGCAGUAGCAUAUGGUGUUGCCAUGAAUAAACUUGCCCUUCCAAUCCCUUCUACAUGUCCAGAGCCUUUUGCCAAACUCAUGGAAGAUUGCUGGAAUCCAGAUCCACACUCUCGGCCAUCGUUUGCUAGUAUCCUAGACCAUCUCACCGCCAUAGAAGAAUCUGGUUUCUUUGAAAUGCCCAAAGAUUCCUUCCACUCCCUGCAGGAAGACUGGAAACAAGAGAUUCAAGAGAUGUUUGAUCAACUCAGAGCCAAAGAGAAGGAGCUACGCACAUGGGAAGAAGAACUGACUCGUGCAGCCGUCGAACAGAAAAAUCAUGAAGAAUUGCUACGACGGCGGGAACAGGAGCUGGCAGAACGUGAGAUUGACAUCCUGGAAAGGGAACUCAACAUCAUCAUCCACCAGCUAUGCCAGGAGAAGCCUCGGGUGAAGAAACGCAUGGGGAAAUUCAAGAAGAACCGGCUCAAGUUGAAAGAUGGCAAUCAUAUUAGCCUCCCCUCAGAUUUCCAGCAUAAGUUUACUGUGCAGGCUUCUCCAACGAUGGAUAAAAGGAAAAGUUUGAUCAGUAGCUGCUCCAGUCCUCCUGCAAGUCCUACCAUUAUUCCCAGACUCAGGGCUAUACAGUUGACUCCUGCUGAAAGCAGUAAAACAUGGGGACGAAACUCGGUCCUUCCAAAGGAGGAAGGAGAGGAAGAAGAGAAAAGAGGCCAGAAGAAGAAAGGACGCACUUGGGGACCAAGUUCUCUCUGUCACAAGGAGCUAGGUGCAGGAGAAGAUGGUCUGAAAGCUCUGGUAGAAGGAUACAAACAGUGGUCAUCCAGUGCUCCAAACCUAGGAAAGAUCCAGAGAACUGUGCCUGCUUUUCCAGGAUUUACCAGCUUAGCGGAGAUGGAUGAUGAAGACAGUGAAUGUUUUAAUGGAGAGGGCAAAGUGCACCCUUCACCUGGCCCCAACCAGUCAUACCUCUGCAUCCCAUUUCAGAAGAAUGAAGACUGGGAUGGUCCUUCUAGUGAUGCCAAUGAGGAGUCCACCCCUGUGAACUCUGCAACUAGCACCCCACAGCUGACACCCACAAACAGCCUCAAACGUAGUGGCUCCCAUCAUAAAAGGUGUGAGAUCGCUUUGCUUGGCUGUGGGGCAGUGCUGGCUGCUGCAGGACUGGGCUUUGACCUGUUAGAAGCAGGGAAGUGUCAACUACUGAUUGAGGAGGAGCCAGAACCACCCAAGGAAGAGAAGAAGAAGCGUGACAGCAUUUUCCAACGAGCUGGACGUCCACGUAGGAGCACUAGCCCACCCUCUAGGAAGAUCUUCAAGAAAGAGGAGCCAAUGUUGUUUCUAGGCGAGCCAUCCACAUCCCUGACCCUUCUUUCCCUGUCUUCCAUUUCUGAAUGUAAUUCCACCCGGUCCCUACUGCGCUCAGACAGUGAUGAGAUUGUGGUAUAUGAAAUGCCUGUCAGCCCUGUGACAGUCAAGGCUCCCUUGCCAGCCAUUAAUAACCCACUAGUCAAUGUCCAGAUUGAGAGGUUCAAACAAGACCCCAACCAAUCUUUGACUCCCACGCAUGUGACAGUCUCUUCCCACACCCAGCAAGGUGGGCACAGACGCACACCUUCUGAUGGGGCCAUCAAAGGGACUGGACUCAUUGUCAAUGGGUGCCCAACCAGUGGGUGCCCUUCCAGUAGCUGUUUAACUGGAACACUGGGAGCAGGUAUAUUAAAAACACCUAGUCCAAGCCGAGAUCCAAAUGAGGUUCCUCGCCUGCCAGACCCCAACCUUGUUUUUCCUCCAACCCCAAGACGAUGGAAUGCACAGCAGGACUCUGCACUGGAAAGACCCAAGACGUUGGAGUUCCUGCCCCGGCCGCGUCCUGCAGCCAGCCGGCAGCGGCUUGACCCUUGGUGGUUUGUGUCACCCAGCAAUGCUAAGGGUGAAUCUUCUGCCAACAGUUCAAGUACUGACACUCCAAGCAAUCUUGACUCUUGUUUUGCUAGUAGCAGCAGCACUGUAGAAGAGAGACCUGGACUUCCUGCACUGCUUCCUUUCCAGGUGGGUCUUCCUGUAGAGGAGCGGACGCUGUUGGACAUAGAUGCUGAGGGGCAGAGCCAGGACAGCACCAUUCCGCUAUGCAGAAGUGAACUUAACACACACAAAGCUGCAGCGUAUGAACUCAAGCAAGAGUUCUGGUCUUAGUACGAAAUCCACUGGGGACAGUAAGCCCCUUUGAAUUCAAUCCUACUUCUUGCACUGAGAAUGCACUUUGAAGACAGAUGAAAUGGAGGGAUGCUACAGAGAUCAUAUCAUGGUGCUGCCUCUGCUGAAGAUGUGUUUUCCGACUGCCUGAUUUUUUUGUCCGCAGCUGGAAGUAACUUGGCAACUCAAAGAUGCUGACUUUUGCUGUGGGGUUUUUCUGUAGUCUUCCCUGUCCUUACUGCAGUUUGAAUCUGCAGUAAGCUAAAAUUACCAUAUCAAAGUCUCUAUUACUGGUAGGAUUUGGCUCUUGCAGUAUAUUGGUAACUAUCCUGGUAUUAAUCAGUAUUUUCAAAACUCAAGUAUUACACUACAGCAGACACUAGUGUUCAGUGUUUUCCCAAGGCUUCCAGGCUGGAAACAAGUAAAUAUCUGGAGACUAGCUUCUCUGAAUUGUAUUCAGAUCACUAGGUAGGCCUGGGAAUCAUGGUGCCCCCACUGAAGGUGCAGAAGUAGCUACGUUAUACUCCCUUGCCCUCGUCUGCUUGCAUGACAGAUGCAAGGUGGAACAGGUUGCCAAGGGAGGGUGAGGAGUCUCUGUUGAUAGAGGGCUUUGAGAACAAAUUAGACUGUCAGGAAUGAAUAGGUGUCGUUGAUCCUGCUUAGAGGCAGGGUAGAUGGACUUCGAUGAUCUCUUGAGGUCCCUCUCAGCCCUAUUUUUCUAUGACCCUAUGCUUUCAAAAUGAUGAAGGGGGAUGGUAUGGCUGUUUACUCUUAACUAGGUUUUUUAUUUUGAGCUUUGGAUCCACCAGCCUUCUUCUUUUCCUGUAUCCUAGGCUCAUGGUCAAGCUGCCUCAGCUCUGGGAAGGGAACUGGCAGGCACUCCUCCUCUAAAGCUGUGCUGGCUUGCAAAAGCAAGUUCUUAUGUGUCCCUCACUCUUUUUUUUUCUUUCUUUCUUUCGUAUUUUUCUUCCUUUCUCAUGCUUUUUAUGAGUGGCCCUGGGUCUUGACACCCAAGACUGUUCUAAUGCACACUGAUUUUUGAGAUGGAAACUGUUAUUUGGUAGCUGGAUUGUGCAAAUAGGAAUCAGAACAACUAGAUUCUCUUUUAUUUUGCCACUGACUCACUGUGUGACCUUGGGCAAAUAAUGUAACCUCUGUGCCUGAAUUUCCCCAUCUGUAAAUAAUAGGGAUAAUACCUACCUCACAGGGGGGCAGUUUAGGACAUUUGUGAUAUGUAUAAAGUCCUUUGAGAUCUUUGUGUGGAAGGCACUAUAGACAUGUAAAACAUUAUUCUUGUUUAAAGUUGUAAAAAAUCCUAACUCUGGAGCAGGAACAGGCCCCAGUCUUGAAGGAGGAAGUCACACAAUUAAGGUGUGCCUAAGCUCACAGUUUUCUGUACAAAGAAUGCAAGUGUCUGUGCCUGUACAAUUAUAUCUUAUUGGCUUGAAUGAGAGUUUCACUCUUUUCCCAGCUUUGGCACUCUAAAUAAGGGAUGUGGCCUUUACUUUAGUAUAUUAGGGUAGUCUGCUUUAUUGCAAGGUACAGCAUGGCUGUUCACUCUUUUUAUGCAGAUCUGUGCUCAUUUUGCUAGUAUACUGACCAGUUGGGUGCAAAUGACUGAUUUGAGUGCUGUGCUCAGCCUAUUAGGGAAGUCCUGUUGUGAAGACAGUGCAGUUGAAUGCUUGUUUGCAUCUGUUCAGCCCAGAGAGCAUGAGCAAUCAGAUGUCUGUAACCUAAUGUUAAAAACCAGCGUGUUUGGGGAAGGACUGUACUUGAAUUUAAUUCUGUGUUUGAGGGCUAAAACCAGCAUGUUGCCAUUGGUCAAGCGUGCCCCUUUCUCAAGCAUAUACAGUACAUUAUUAUGUAGAAAGGGCAUCACGAUCUAUGAAACAUGGUUAAUGGCAGAUUUUUUGCUGCCUAUCCCACUGAGUGCUCCAGAGCUAGCAUUAAUGAUGCUACACUAGCAGCUUAUUCUGGGUAGACCGUCUAUGUAGACAGGGUAUUCUGGUGUGUAGGUAAGAUACUAACCUUAAAAAGAAAUCUGAUAUUUCUGGCAUUUAUUUUGUUAAAAGUAGACUUUCAGCAUUAUUAAUUCUUUUUGCUUUCCAUUUCUGUAACCCUAGUUUGUUUGUGAU